ACCGGCCGCCACACGGUGAGAAGCCCGGGAAAGACGCGCCACGCUCCCAUGUGAUAGUUUCACUUGUCUUUUUGGUUAGUUCUGCUACCCUAGUUCACGUCCCCGCGAGAGGAAACGUAUUCCCCCUCACAUUAGGCAGAAGAGCCUCGAUUCACCGUGGAGGCUGACGGAGGGCCACUCCAGCAACUGAGCAGCUCGGACUUGGCACAGGCAGGGUCCAGCCUACCCGCGGCCGGCGCGGCGCCUCAGCAACACCCCCUCCCCCGGAAGUUUGUGCGUCUCAGAUGUAAGGUCUGGGAGUCACCUUGACCCCCCUGGAGCCGUGGGGAAAGUUAGCCCUGAGCCCGAGGGGGCGUGAGUGAAACCAAAGAGCACUUUCGCGAGUCAGUUACGCCGUCACGGUUUUUUGGUUUCAGGGUAGCUGAAGACCUAGAGAGUUUAAGGGUGGCCAGAGCAGGUGGCAGGACUCCGCCCACCACCACGCUUCCCUUCCUUCAGCCCGCACGCUUCACUCCCUUCAUGGGGUCCCGCCUCUCAGGCGCGCGCGAAGAGUUGUCGCGCGGUGCGUCCUGGGAAUUGUAGUCCCGGCGCGGAGAGUCGCCUCAUGAGAAAUGACUCUGGCCUACAUACCCCACAGUGCCUUGCGGCGCAGGCCGCUCCCGGAUGUGUGCCUGGCGCCGGAAGAGAAGACGGCCCCCCUCUCUCGGCCCGGCCAUCUUGUGGGAAGAGCUGAAGCAGGCGCUCUUGGCUCGGCGCGGCCCGCUGCAAUCCGUGGAGGAACGCGCCGCCGAGCCACCAUCAUGCCUGGGCACUUACAGGAGGGCUUCGGCUGCGUGGUCACCAACCGAUUCGACCAGUUAUUUGACGACGAAUCGGACCCCUUCGAGGUGCUGAAGGCAGCAGAGAACAAGAAAAAAGAAGCCGGCGGGGGCGGCGUUGGGGGCCCUGGGGCCAAGAGCGCAGCUCAGGCCGCGGCCCAGACCAACUCCAACGCGGCAGGCAAACAGCUGCGCAAGGAGUCCCAGAAAGACCGCAAGAACCCGCUGCCCCCCAGCGUUGGCGUGGUUGACAAGAAAGAGGAGACGCAGCCGCCCGUGGCGCUUAAGAAAGAAGGAAUAAGACGAGUUGGAAGAAGACCUGAUCAACAACUUCAGGGUGAAGGGAAAAUAAUUGAUAGAAGACCAGAAAGGCGACCACCUCGUGAACGAAGAUUCGAAAAGCCACUUGAAGAAAAGGGUGAAGGAGGCGAAUUUUCAGUUGAUAGACCGAUUAUUGACCGACCUAUUCGAGGUCGUGGUGGUCUUGGAAGAGGUCGAGGGGGCCGUGGACGUGGAAUGGGCCGAGGAGAUGGAUUUGAUUCUCGUGGCAAACGUGAAUUUGAUAGGCAUAGUGGAAGUGAUAGAUCUUCUUUUUCACAUUACAGUGGCCUGAAGCACGAGGACAAACGUGGAGGUAGCGGAUCUCACAACUGGGGAACUGUCAAAGACGAAUUAACUGACUUGGAUCAAUCAAAUGUGACUGAGGAAACACCUGAAGGUGAAGAACAUCAUCCAGUGGCAGACACUGAAAAUAAGGAGAAUGAAGUUGAAGAGGUAAAAGAGGAGGGUCCAAAAGAGAUGACUUUGGAUGAGUGGAAGGCUAUUCAAAAUAAGGACCGGGCAAAAGUAGAAUUUAAUAUCCGAAAACCAAAUGAAGGUGCUGAUGGGCAGUGGAAGAAGGGAUUUGUUCUUCAUAAAUCAAAGAGUGAAGAGGCUCAUGCUGAAGAUUCGGUUAUGGACCAUCAUUUCCGGAAGCCAGCAAAUGAUAUAACGUCUCAGCUGGAGAUCAAUUUUGGAGACCUUGGCCGCCCAGGACGUGGCGGCAGGGGAGGACGAGGUGGACGUGGGCGUGGUGGGCGCCCAAACCGUGGCAGCAGGACCGACAAGUCAAGUGCUUCUGCUCCUGAUGUGGAUGACCCAGAGGCAUUCCCAGCUCUGGCUUAACUGGAUGCCAUAAGACAACCCUGGUUCCUUUGUGAACCCUUCUGUUCAAAGCUUUUGCAUGCUUAAGGAUUCCAAACGACUAAGAAAUUAAAAAAAAAAAGACUGUCAUUCAUACCAUUCACACCUAAAGACUGAAUUUUAUCUGUUUUAAAAAUGAACUUCUCCCGCUACACAGAAGUAACAAAUAUGGUAGUCAGUUUUGUAUUUAGAAAUGUAUUGGUAGCAGGGAUGUUUUCAUAAUUUUCAGAGAUUAUGCAUUCUUCAUGAAUACUUUUGUAUUGCUGCUUGCAAAUAUGCAUUUCCAAACUUGAAAUAUAGGUGUGAACAGUGUGUACCAGUUUAAAGCUUUCACUUCAUUUGUGUUUUUUAAUUAAGGAUUUAGAAGUUCCCCCAAUUACAAACUGGUUUUAAAUAUUGGACAUACUGGUUUUAAUACCUGCUUUGCAUAUUCACACAUGGUCAACUGGGACAUGUUAAACUUUGAUUUGUCAAAUUUUAUGCAGUGUGGAAUACUAACUAUAUGUAUUUUAACUUAGUUUUAAUAUUUUCAUUUUUGGGGAAAAAUCUUUUUUCACUUCUCAUGAUAGCUGUUAUAUAUAUAUGCUAAAUCUUUAUAUACAGAAAUAUCAGUACUUGAACAAAUUCAAAGCACAUUUGGUUUAUUAAUCCUUGCUCCUUGCAUGGCUCAUUAGGUUCAAAUUAUAACUGAUUUACAUUUUCAGCUAUAUUUACUUUUUAAAUGCUUGAGUUUCCCAUUUUAAAAUCUAAACUAGACAUCUUAAUUGGUGAAAGUUGUUUAAACUACUUAUUGUUGGUAGGCACAUCCUGUCAAGUGAAGUAGUUUUAUAGGUAUGGGUUUUUUCUCCCCCUCCACCAGGGUGGGUGGAAUAAGUUGAUUUGGCCAAUGUGUAAUAUUUAAACUGUUCUGUAAAAUAAGUGUCUGGCCAUUUGGUAUGAUUUCUGUGUGUGAAAGGUCCCAAAAUCAAAAUGGUACAUCCAUAAUCAGCCACCAUUUAACCCUUCCUUGUUCUAAAACAAAAACCAAAGGGCACUGGUUGGUAGGGUGAGGUGGGGGAGUAUUUUAAUUUUUGGAAUUUGGGAAGCAGACAGCUUUACUUUGUAAGGUUGGAACAGCAGCACUAUACAUGAAAUAUAAACCAAAAACCUUUACUGUUUCUAAAUUUCCUAGAUUGCUGUUAUUUGGUUGUAAGUUGAGUAUUCCACAGAAAGUGGUAAUUAUCUCUUCUCUCUUCCUCCAUUAGAAAAUUAGGUUAAUAAUGGAUUCCUAUAAUGGGAGCAUCACCACUUAUUAAAACACACAUAGAAUGAUGAAUUAAAAAGUUUUCUAGGAUUGUCUUUUAUUCUGCCACAUUUAUUGAUAAACAGUGAAGGAAUUUUUAAAAAAUUUUUAAGAAUUGUUUGUCACGUCAUUUUUAGAAAUGUUCUACCUGUAUAUGGUAAUGUCCAGUUUUAAAAAUAUUGGACAUCUUCAAUCUUAAACAUUUCUAUUUAGCUGAUUGGUUCUCACAUAUACUUCUAAAAGAAACUUUAUAAGAGUUACUUUUUGGAUAAGAUUUAUUAAUCUCAGUUACCUACUAUUCUGACAUUUUAGGAAGGAGGUAAUUGUUUUUAAUGAUGGAUAAACUUGUGCUGGUGUUUUGGAUCUUAUGAUGUUGAGCAUGUUCUGCACUGGUGCUAAUGUCUAAUAUAAUUUUAUAUUUACACACAUACGUGCUACCCAGAGAUUAAUUUAGUCCAUAUGAACUAUUGACCCAUUGUUCAUUGAGACAGCAACAUACGCACUCCUAAAUCAGUGUGUUUAGACUUUUCAAGUAUCUAACUCAUUUCCAAACAUGUACCAUGUUUUAUAAACCUCUUGAUUUCCAGCAACAUACUAUAGAAAACACCUGCUACUCAAAACACAACUUCUCAGUGUCAUCCAUUGCUGUCGUGAGAGACAACAUAGCAAUAUCUGGUAUGUUGCAAGCUUUCAAGAUAGCCUGAACUUAAAAAGUUGGUGCAUUAGUUGUAUCUGAUGGAUAUAAAUUUGCCUCCUAGUUCACUUUGUGUCAAGAGCUAAAACUGUGAACCUAACUUUCUCUUAUUGGUGGGUAAUAACUGAAAAUAAAGAUUUAUUUUCAUGCUCA